AUGUCUGACAACAAGCAGGGAGGAAAGUGGUCCAACCCGGCCUUUCUCCUUAGCCUGGUUGUUGGCUUCUACGACGAGCUGAAGAACGGCAGUCUCCCGCAGGAGGCAAAGGACCGUGUCGAGGCGAAGCUCCAUCGCGAUGGCUUUGAGGACACCACGUGGGAUUCUGUCCGGUAUUCUGCUCCCGGCGGCAAGUGGGCCAAUCCGGCCCUCCUCGAGGCUCUGGCUAUGGGAUUCCACACCGUUGCCAAAGGCGAAGGCCUUACGAAGGAAGCCAAGGACGCCGUCAUCCUGAAGAUUCAUGCAUAUGGCUUCACGGAUAUCACCUGGGAAGCUGUCCGCUUCAUGCCCUCGGUCAUACAAUGA